GCCGCUGCAGCUGCCGCCGGCGUCUCAGGGGCUGCAGGCUGCAGGCGGACGCAACGCUGUGCGAUUCUGAAGCCCAGCCACGCCAGGCCGCCGGGCCCUGGCCCCCAGCCGGCGUCGCCGCUCCUCGUCGCCUCGACGCCUGGCCCAACGCUUCGGCGCAGGACUACCAGUGCCCCGCAAGUUGCGAGCGCACUCUGCGCCUGGGGGAAACUUUACCCCGCGGCCGAGUCUCUGCCAGAGUUGCUCUGAAGCUGUCAUCAGAAGACUUCAAACAUAUCUCUCAGUUCCUUCCCAGAAAGGAAAAGGACAGCUAGAAGAGGACGAGCUAGGCUGCUGAGAGACAUACCUGAGCCCCUCUAACUAGGAGACUUCAUCCUGCCGACUCGUGGAGAACUACCCAGGUGGAGAACCAUGGAGGGCGACUGUCUAAGCUGCAUGAAGUAUCUGAUGUUUGUUUUCAAUUUCUUCGUAUUUCUGGGAGGUGCCUGUCUUCUGGGCGUUGGCAUCUGGGUCCUGGUGGAUCCCACCGGCUUCCGAGAGAUCGUGGCUACCAACCCCCUACUGACCACUGGCGCCUACGUUGUACUGGCCAUGGGCAGUCUGCUGUUUCUUCUGGGCUUCCUGGGCUGCUGCGGGGCUGUCCGAGAGAACAGGUGUCUGCUGCUAUUUUUUUUCCUGUUUAUCCUGAUCAUCUUCCUGGUAGAGCUCUCAGCAGCCAUCCUGGCCUUCAUCUUCCGGGAACACCUCACCCGAGAGUUCUUCACCAAGGAGCUUACCAAGCACUACCAAGGCGAUAAUGACACGGAUGUUUUCUCUGCCACCUGGAAUUCCGUCAUGAUCACAUUUGGCUGCUGUGGGGUCAACGGACCUGAAGACUUCAAGCUGGCCUCAGUGUUCCGGCUGCUGACACUGGACACUGAGGAGGUGCCCAAGGCCUGCUGUCGGAGAGAACCCCAGACUCGAGAUGGGGUGGUACUGAGCAGGGAGGAGUGCCAGCUUGGGAGGAAUCCAUUCAUAAACAAGCAGGGCUGUUACACCGUGAUCCUCAACACCUUCGAAACCUAUGUCUACCUGGCUGGAGCCUUUGCCAUUGGAGUGCUGGCUAUUGAGCUCUUCCUCAUGGUCUUUGCCAUGUGCCUCUUCCGGGGCAUCCAGUAGGCCUUGGCCUGAAGACACUCAGCCCACCACUGCCCAGCAGCCAGCCCCCUUCCUUCCCUGUCCUCUGGCCCCAGGGGAGGAAGCAAAGCCAGCCCAAACGGCCAGGAGCAUAAAGUUAAUGUUUAAAAAACAGAACAAAGACAGACAUGAACCGAAGGGGCCUCGCCCAGACGGGGCAUGGGCUCUAUAAGGACCUAGGGCUGGCCUGGGAUCAACUGUUCCUGAGACCAAAAGUUCAUCAGCCUCAGAGCCACUUGGCCCUGUCAGACUGGAGUGUCCCUUGGCCUGGAUUCCCCUCUCUUAGCAUUUCCAGGAUCUGAGCAACCAGGAGGUGGAAACACACCCUGGAGGAGGAGCUCAGGCCCCAGGAGACUGCUUUUCACAACACAAGGACAGACUCUGCAGCACCAUCUGCAGGAAAAUGAAGCUGUCCCUACGUCUGGCUGGCUGAGAGUGGCCGUGUGUGGACACUGGAUCAGAAGGUGGCUUUUUCAUUUCCACAUAUUUUAGAUCAAAGCCUCUCCAUGGCCCAUCCACAGUCACAUAGCAUGUGCAUGAAGGUCAUCUCCAGGCUUCUGUCACUCCAACCAGGACUCCACCCCAAUGUAAACUGACCAGGAACUGCCCGGACCAAGUUCUACAGCUGAGAAAGUCCACACUGUGUCCACUCUGCCCUGCUUGUACCUCUGUCAGAGAUCCAACUGUGAUACAUCACCUGUCCCCAUGGGCCAUACCCCAUCCCUGUUCUCCCAGGUGGAAGACACCCCAAUAUUGUUCAUUUCUCUCUUUCUACCCAGA